UCGACGUCUCCUCUGUCUCUAACGAGCAAGCCGAUGCUCGUCAAAGAUGGCUCUCGUCGCCGAAACUCUUCUAUGAAAGUUACUCACUUCCUGUCUUUACGUGAAUGCUUUUCGAACACACCGUGACACGCGCGCUAACGCGAUUAACGACGCGAUCGCGGAAGUAGACGAGCGAUGUUCACUUACGCACGACGAAGCCGGUGAACGGCUAGAUUUUCCUCAGUCUGGAAAAUUGCUCGUCGUCGUGUGAGGCAAGACGAAAAACAGCGACCGCGUCGGCCGACAGUGGCGCCAUGGCGGCCCGUGGCUGCUCUGCCUCUGCUGCCUGUCUGUGUCUGUGUCUGUUACCCGGCCGCGGUCUUGCUCUUGCUCGAUCUCGAGCGGAUGGAUUUUGGCGGGAAACUUCAUCGUCGAAAAAAAAACAGAAAAAAGAUCCGAGUUUCGACCUUUUUUUUAAUCUACUAUUUACUCGGGCGAUAAUUCGUAUAGCUUUUGACAGUUUGAACAAGCUCUUCUCUACGCUCUGCGAAUACUAUCGCUUAUACGAAUCUACCGCAAAUGGCACACACACACACACAUCGUACAUACAUGUAUUAAAAACAACACGCGUACAUGGUGAUGCCGCACACCAUUGCACCCUCGGUAGCUGAUACAUAAUCGUCCAUGUGUAUGCUUGUAUACACAUUUUUCAAGUCGGACACUGCCUUGCCAUAUCCGUUAUAUAUUUCAAAGUGUUUUCGAAAUAAAUUUAUGUUUUCAUUAUAUAUCUCCAUUGUAGUCGCCUCUCUUAUAUUUUUACUCGUCAUCUCAAGAUUUAUCACACAGAUCAUCUUGGAAUAUUUCAUCUCGCAAUAAAUUAUGGCAGAGGAAGAGUCUGAGGAAAAGGAAUAUCGCUGGGAGACUGGUUACGAAAAGACAUGGGAAGCGAUCAAGGAAGAUGACCAUGGAUCGUUGGAAGCAUCCGUCGCAGAUAUUAUUCAUAAUGCUAAGAGAAAACGUCAGUUGGAAAGAAAACAGGGUGCCCGAUUAGGGAUGAUGAGACAUCUUUAUGUCAUCUUAGACGCAUCCGAAUCAAUGUCCAAUCAAGAUUUGAAGCCAACUCGAUUCCUAUGUUCCCUAAAGCUUUUAGAAGACUUUAUCGAAGAAUUUUUUUAUCAAAACCCUAUAAGUCAAUUAGGUGUGAUUAUAACUAGAAAUAAAAGGGCUGAGAAGAUUAGUGAUUUGGCUGGUAAUUCAAAGAAGCACAUUAAGGAAUUACGAGCAUUACAUCAAACUGUAGUAACGGGUGAACCUUCCUUGCAAAAUUCUUUAGAAUUGGCUACAAAGUCGUUGAAAUUGUUACCGGCUCACGCUAGUAAAGAAAUAUUGAUAAUUAUUGGGGCUCUUACUACUUGCGAUCCGGGAGACAUCAAUGAAACGAUACGAAAUAUGAAAUUGGAUGGUAUCAGAUGUAGCGUAAUAGGAUUGGCCGCCGAACUAUACAUUUGUAAACGAAUGGCAAAUAUUACUGGUGGCGAACACGGUGUUGCGCUCGACGAUAAGCAUUACAAAGAGCAGUUGAACGCACAUAUAGAUCCUCCACCUGCCGCAACGCGAUUAGACGCAGCGCUUGUGAAAAUGGGCUUUCCUCAUCAUGCCUUACACUCCAGCGCAUCGGACACAUCUAUGACAGUGUGCAUGUGCCAUGCAGAAAACUCUGAUGAAUCUGUAAAACUUAUGAAUACUGGCUAUCUUUGUCCGCAGUGCUUCAGUAAGCAUUGCGAGCUCCCCGUCGAAUGUAGAGCUUGUGGACUUACUUUAGUAUCUGCGCCGCAUUUAGCACGGUCGUAUCACUAUUUAUUUCCUGUCGAACCUUUCAAAGAAGCUACAUUCGAAGGCAGCCAUUCUUUCUGCUUUGGUUGCCAAAAAACUUUUACACAAAAGGAUAAAAAGGUUUAUACUUGCGAAAAAUGUAAUCGAACAUUUUGUCUAGACUGUGAGAUAUUUAUUCAUGAAAUGUUACACACAUGUCCUGGUUGUGCGACAAAUCCUGCAACAUACAAUAAAUCAACAGAUAGAGCCUAAAAAAAUUUGUUUAUUAUAAAUUUUAGAUAAGCAAUAAAAAUAAUACUACAUGUAAUGGAAAUGUGUAUUAAUCGACUUAAUAGUAUUAAUACACUGGAAAUAAGAUGGUAAAUAUGAAUGAAAA